UUUUGAAAUGCCCUAGACUGCUACCUACACUAGCAUCAAAAAAGUGCGCUACAGCAUGUUGUCGGUGCGAAAAUAGCGUUCAAGCUUAAAGAAUCGCUCACGUCGAAAUAAUGGAUGACCGCGAACUGGACCUCACUGAGGCGCAAAAAGCAGUAAAAUCAAAAUAUCCUCCAAUCACCAAGAAAUACGAGUAUCUCGACCACACAGCAGAUGUCCAGAUUCACUCAUGGGGUGAUUCACUGGAGGAAGCGUUCGAGCAGUGUGCUAUGGGCAUGUUUGGCUACAUGACGGAUACAGAAACUGUGCAACCCAUUGAUACCCUGGAAGUGGAGUCAGAGGGAGAGGAUCUUGAGUCUCUUCUCUUUCAUUUUUUGGAUGACUGGCUUUUUAAGUUCAGCGCUGAUAUCUUCUUCAUUCCAAGGGAAGUGAAGGUCUUGCACAUAGACCGAAUGCGCUACAGAAUUCGCUCUAUAGGAUGGGGAGAGGAAUUCAGUCUAAGUAAACAUCCUCAGGGCACAGAAGUGAAGGCAAUCACCUACUCUGCCAUGCAGGUUCAUGACAAGGAGAAACCAGAGAUCUUCGUAAUUAUUGAUAUUUAAAGUCGUCUACCUUUAACGAAGAAUG